AUACCUGUCUCCAUAUAUUUGUUUAAAUGUGUAUAUUGUUGUCUCUUGCAGGCCAUCAGAAAGGCUCAUGAUGAAGUGGCAGCACAGGGCCAGUGCAGGGUGGAGGCAGAUAACGUGAACUUCCAUUUCAUCACCUUUGUCAAUGUGAAAGGACAGCUUUAUGAGCUGGAUGGUAGGAUGGAGGGACCGGUGAACCAUGGAACCACCAAGGAUGACUCCUUCAUCAAGGAUGCAGCCAGGGUGUGUCGGGGUUUUGUGGAGAGAGCAGAGGGAGAGGUCCGCUUCUCUGCUGUGGCCCUCUGUCAUACCUAGAGACCCUGGGGACACACACACACACACACACACACACAGGUGAACCAUGGUGUACACACACACCUGGUAUGUACUGGAAACAUAGUUUGCACUCUCU